AUAGUGAUGAUAACACUACCAACAGCUUCUCUCUCAGUCACUCUCACUAAGAAGAGAGAGAACACACACGCACGCAGAAAACACACAUAGCACGUUGAAGCUUCCAAUUGGAAAAAAAAAAAUGAAGAAAAAGUAACAAGUAGAGUAAUAUACAAGAACCAAUGUCAAGAAUAUCAUGAACUGACCCAUCAAUCAUCAUACUAGUAUCUUCCAAAACCCUCUUAAUUUUCUUCUUUACACAACAAAGAUGGGAAAUGUCAAUGGAAGAGAAGAAGAUUUCAACGGAACAAUAUCAGAAAUUUCAUCGGAAGAAGAUGGUGGAGGAGGAGAAAGAGAGGGUGGUUUUGACACUGUCAGUAGCGAUUGUAUGUCUACUCCUGAUGGGGUUGUUGAAAAUCCUUUACCUGAAUUAAUGGGUCAUUCUCCACCUGCUAGCCCUAGAACAACUCAAUCUCCACUCAUGUUUUCCCCUCAAGUUCCGGUGGUUCCACUACAAAGACCUGAUGAGAUGCAGGUUCCAAACCCUUCCUGGAUGCAAACUACUUCAGGGUAUGAAGAUAUGUUUAGUGAAGUUGGAAUUCCGACGAUGAUUACUUGGAGUUAUGAUGGUAAAGAAGUUGCUGUGGAGGGAUCAUGGGAUAAUUGGAAAACAAGAAUGCCUUUGCAGAGAUCGGGAAAGGACUUCACUAUAAUGAAGGUGCUUCCAUCUGGUGUUUAUCAGUUUAGAUUUAUCGUGGAUGGACAGUGGAGGUACGCACCUGACUUGCCUUGGGCUAAAGAUGAUGCUGCCAAUACUUACAACAUUCUGGACUUACAGGAUUAUGUUCCUGAAGACAUUGAAAGCAUUUCUAGUUUCGUACCUCCUAAAUCACCAGACUCUAGUUACAACAACUUACACCUAAGUUCUGAAGAUUAUGCAAAGGAGCCACCAUUGGUUCCUCCAUUCAUGCAAAUGACUCUUCUUAAUGUUCCUUCUGCAAAUAUGGAAUUUCAACCUCUCGUAUCCAGACCACAGCAUGUCGUGCUCAAUCAUCUCUACAUGCAGAAAGGGAAGAGCAGCCCUUCAGUGGUUGCACUCGGGACAACUCAUCGAUUUGGAGGCAAAUAUGUCACUGUGGUGAUGUACAAGUCUUUGCAGAAGUAAACAUGAAUGCAUGGACCGUGGAGUUGGGUUAGCUUUUAACUUUAAAGCCGUUGUAUUUGUUAAUAUAGUUUCGAUCAGUACAAUGUUUAGAGAGAAUACUGUAAGCUACAGAAGGAUCAUUACUUGAAAAUCAACAUUAUGAUACAUAUAAUGCAAUUGCAUGAUGGCCAUUCAUCAUGCAAAUUCUGUUGGAAAA